UCUUCAAGAUUCCUGGCAGCCAUGAGUUCUGCUGGGGUGCUGACCUGUAUGCCAGAUUCUGGGCAGAUCUUCAGGGAGACCUCUUUACGCCCACCGGUGCCUGGCCAAGAGACGAAACACUUCAAGACUGAAAAAUACACCAUGGAGCCUCAGCAACCAAGAUACAAGGAAGAUGUUCUUAGAGAAGCAGAAGGUUGUGUUUCCCAUGACACACGCUUCUCACGCUGGGGCAGAUCCCUCAAUGGAUUGUUGGAUGACCAAGAUGGAGCAACGCUUUUCCGAAUGUACUUGGAAGGAGAAGGGCUAGUGGAUCUUCUAAGUUUUUGGUUUGCUUGCAAUGGUUUCAGAGCCAUGGAUCUAGCAGAACCCAAGACCUUAAAGACUGCCAAAGCUAUAUACCGUUGGUAUGUACAAAACAGCCAGGCUGUUUCAAGCCGGUUAAAGCCAGCUACACGAGCCCAAGUGAAGGACUGUGUGAAGAAUCAGCAGUUGAAUAGGACUUUAUUUGACCAGGCCCAGCAGGAGAUUCAGAAGGCAAUGGAGCAAGAAGCAUUCCCUUCUUUUCUACAGUCUGAUAUAUGCAAGGAAUACUCUCAUGUUGAAGAUAGUCCCACGCCAGAUAGUCCUAGGCUUGGACUUCCCACACUGACCGAGGAUGAGGAAUUUGGGGUACAUCAUGGUCCUGUUAACGCAGGAGCCGUGGGGAAAAUUAACCGUGCCUUCACACGUAUCCCUCCAAGACACCAAAGGUUCCACACAAGGAAAGCUGAAGCAGCUUACCAGUACUUUGCUCCUGCAGCCAGCAUCAAUGAUAGUGAAAUCUCCAGUGAUGCCCUCACUGAGGACAGCAUGUCCAUGACAGAUGGUAGUGUUGAUGGGAUUCCCCCAUACCGCUCCAAAAAGCAGCGUGAAAUACAUCGAAGUGUUAGUGCAAAUGGACAAGUGCACCUGCCUUUUGUUCCGAGGACGCUGCGGCCACCGGCAGAAAUGAUGCCCAGCAACCCGGCAGAAUUUGCAGCCAAAUUAACAAUCGCUUUGGAAAGGGUGAAGAAACAAAGAGAGGCUGAAGAAAGAUUGGAAGAGAGGUUACAGAGAUUGAAAGAGGAGGAGGAAAAGGUUGAAUAUGACAUCCCUUCAUCCGGCCAGGAGCCUUUUGCUACUUCAGCGGAGGAUGACCCUCAGUCCAUUCUCGAUGACCAUGUGUCUAGGGUUUUGAAGACACCAGCAAACUUGUCACCAAGAGCACAGUCCCCUUUUACACAAAGAAAAGCCAAAGGUCAAUCGGCAUUUGCCAAGUGCCAGAGUUCCACUUCCUCUCACAUACGCCCAAAAGUUUCUCAGGGAAUGGAAUCGGUUGUCCCAGCAUCUGUAGAACACAAGAGCGCAAACAGUUCGCAAGGCACAAGGAGUUACAGGAAAACAGAAGGUUGUGCGCAGUCUUAUCGAGUAGAGGAAGGGUCCUCUUCUGUUCCACUCACCACUCCUCUGUCACCAGAACAGGAGGUAGAGCGGACCCACAGUGUCCUGCAAUGGGUGCUUGAAAGUGCCAAGUUGAUGAAGAAGCAUCACCGUGAUGGCAGUACAACGGUAAAUCACUGUCCAGAGAUGAAGAAGUCCACUCACCGAACAGCAUCUCAGCCAGCACACCUGUUCCUGCAGGAUACAUCCAUGCCCCCACUAACAGCCCCCAACACCCUAGAUCAAUUGGAAGAGGCACGAAGACGGCUUGUGGAAGAAAAGAGACUGCCGAAAGUUCAUAAAGCCAGGUGUGCCCCAUCUUCAACAUUAAAAGAAAAAGGCAAAACCACGGAAAGUGUUCCAUCAUCUGGAUUCUCCACUCUUAAGCUUUCAGAAGAGCAUAAGGCUGCCAAGAAACUCAACAGUGAUGGUCAAGGACAAGGAGGUUUAGCGAUCGUCUAUUAUUUCUGCGGCGAAAGGAUUCCUUACAUGAUUCGAACAAAAGAGCCUAGCUUGACUCUGCAAGAGUUCAAAGAGCUGUUGAGUAAGAAAGGAAGUUACAAAUAUUACUUCAAAAAGGAGAGCCAUGAAUUUGAAUGCAAUGCUGUGUUCCAGGAAGUUUCCGAGGAGGAUGCUGUACUUCCUCUAUAUGAAGAAAAGAUUAUCUGCAAGGUGGAAAGAGCAUGUUGAAAGUACAAUGGAUUUCUUGUUUUCUGCAAGCGAAAUUGUGAUUUAUCGCUGCUAUUUGCAUAGAGACUCAGAGAGCGAUAUCCAUUGGUUCAGAGCUAUUCUCUGAAUUAAAACAGAUGGGUAGAAAAAGAUGGCGGUGGGAGAUCUUCUAAAGGCGGAAGCGUGUUCUUUCACGGCGUCGAUCAAGGAAUUUGAAAGAGGCAAUCUAUGGAUGGCAUGUUGGAAGAUCAGUAAAGUGGAAAGAAUAAAAA